AUGAUGGUUCAAGUGGAUGCACACAAGGAUCUAUCACCUGAAGAGAGAUCAUAUCUCUACGAUCUAGCAGUGGAGAAGCUGCCACCCCAUGGGAAAGAAGCUUUCAUGCAGCAGAUGGGCGAUGAUGUGCAUGUCAAACUCGACAAGAAUGGUUUCGGCAUGCAUAUCGGCACCGAUGACAGCGGUGGCCACAUAGGAGGCUUCUCCGGCGCCUCUCGUAUGAAUCAUGAUUGCAGGCCAAAUGUUGCCUAUCGCAUCACCAACAUAACGCACAUCACCACAGCCAUCCGCGACAUUGCUCCGGGAGAGGAGCUUACAAUCAGCUACAUCAAUGCCAAUCUGCCUCGCUCCGAGAGGCAAGAGCGCCUUUCACAGUGGGGGUUCCAAUGCCGGUGCGCGCAUUGCAGCAUGGGCGAUGCCGAGGCCGAAGCGUCAGACGCGCGGGUCCGCUUAAUCGCAGAGCUCGAGACAGAGCUCGAUGAUCCAUUCAGCAAGAAAGUCACGGCUGAGACAGGCGCUCAGCUAGUUGCCCUGUACGAAGAGGAGCGUCUGGACAUCUACUUGGGUCCGGCUUAUACUAGAGCGGCAUUGAACUACGGGCUGUUUGCGGAGGAGAAGAAGGCGAAGGAGUAUGCGCAGAAGGCCAUCGGCGCAUUGACGCGACAGUCAGGCCCCAAAGCCGGCGACUUGCCCUCGUUGGAGGCGCUGGCGCAGGAUCCGAGAAGCCAUUGGACAUGGGGCAAGCGUAAGGUGGUGCAAAUACCAGUGGAAGACCUGAAUUUUGCAUAG